ACUCUUUUAUGUUCCAUGAACUCAAAGAUAUCGUUUAUGUUUUUCUCUCUUCUCUCGUUAAUAACAUACAAUCGAGUGACAGUGAAGAAGACAAGAGGGAGAGAGGUUGCGGUGGUUGAAGUUCGAAGAGACAUUGGAAAUGAAAGUGACUUGGAAGAACAAGAAGAAGAAACCCUUAUCACUCUUCACCGAACUUCCCUUUGAACACGACACCGACCAACCCAAUUCACACACUACCGAACAUGAUUCUGAUGGAACACCACUACGUUCUCCCAAUUCCGACCAAUCAACACAAUUAUCCAUGCAAUUUCAAGCUCAAGGAGACAACCUCGCUAUGGAGGGGAAGUAUAGGGAAGCACUGGGUAAAUGGGAAGCUGCUCUUACAUUGGCACCUGAUGUUCCAGCUUUGCAUGAACAAAAGGCCCAAGUUUUACUAGAAAUUGGAGAACCUUGGACUGCUUUAAAGGCCGCAACUCGAGCUACUGAAUUGAAGCCAUCGUGGGCCGAGGCUUGGGUCACACUCGGGAGAGCACAGCUUAAUUAUGGCGAGCCUGAUAAUGCUAUUGAAAGCUUUGACAGAGCGUUAGCUCUCAAGCCUGAUUUUGAGGAAGCACAAGAUGAUAGAAAAGCUGCAUCUCGUCUUGUAAAGAAGAGAAAGCAACUUCACUCUUCAGGCUUGAGUGCUACUCAAAAUCGAUAUACUGUAGGUGAUAAGAAUGAAAGCUCGUGAAGGUAAACAACAAAGGAGAAAGAUAUCAAAGUAUUCCUGUAUACUAGGAAAAUUUUGUUUACUGGCACCAACUUCAUGGUCAAAAAGUUCAUAAUUUGUUUGAAUGUAUGUAUAUGUGGUAUGAUGGAUAUGUUAAUGUGAUAAAUAUUGUAAUCUACUUUCUUUUGAUAAUAAUAGAUUAAGUCAUACUGUUUUUUUUUUA